AUGUCGAUGACAGUAUUCAUGACGGUGGCAGUUGGUUUUGCAGGUCAACUAGCCAAUGCUCAGGGUCUCAUCACCAACUGCACUUGGCAGACCGGUUUGAUGGUAGACAACUUCCUUGGAAUGUACUGCAAUAACGAUGACUGGGCGAGAUACAGUUACGACUGGACCUGGCUUGACACCAAUGGCUGUUUGGCCAACUCCGGUGGAAAUCUCUAUCCUUACGGCAGGCAAGUAGAUAGCUCCUCGUUCCCAGACGAUUCCCUGGUUCUAUUCAUAUGUAUUAACAUGAAUUUACCUUACCAUAGUGGCAACUACUGGUCUACCUGUGACAACUGCACAGUUCAUGGAAGCAAUGCGAAUUUUCUCCUCAGUUGUGAUUGCCUCAACGCCAACGGUCGGUUUUCUCCAGCUACAUACGAUCUCAAUCGUGUGAUUUGGAACCACAAUGGCGUCCUCGGCUGUUUUGACCACGUUGGCAACCGGACAGAAAAGGGCCCCUUCUAG